AAUAUAUUCUAAUGAGAAGAUGGAAGACCCUAAGAGUCUAUUGAGGCUCUUGAAGAUUUAUGCUAUACAAGUACAAAAAAGGAGGCACUGGGAGUCUGAUCAAAGUUCAUCCAGACAGAGUCCUGCAUGAUUUCACAACAGGAAUGGAUGUAACAUGCCCGGAAUGAGGCAACGAAUUUGCCAGAAAAAAGCUGUAUAGAGGAAAGAUGGUUAACUAUCUUCUCUCUGGGCGUACCUUUAAUAGAAAUUAGAUUAUUUUCACUUAGAUCUGGUUAUUCGCAUGAAAGAU